AUGGCAUCGAACCUAGCGGACCAGUUAGCCAUUGAGCCCCUUGGACUGGGAAAGUAUCAGUCCAAACACUUCCCACCUCGUGGUGGUAACUCAGCUCCAAUCGGCUAUGGUGGAUUCACUCUUGCAAUCGCCUUGCAGGCGGCCAUAGCCUCAGUACCAGCGGCUUUUCACCUCUACUCUUUCAUGGGAAAUUAUCUAGGCCCCGUGAGCACAAAGCGCAAGAUUAUUUGCUCAGUGCAGGAAACGCGGUCGACGCGGACGUUCAUGACACGCCGAGUCCAGGUAUUGCAGGAAAAAGAUAACGGCCAGCCCACGUUUAUUUGUCUGGAUAUGCUUGCGGACUUUCAAAUUGCAGAGCCUGCGCUGCUCACCUACUCUGCUCCACCGAGGAGAGAAUAUUCGCACUGGAAAGGAUGCGUCUCCAUGGACACCCGCCGACAGCAGAUGCUGGAUGCAGGACAGAUCACUUCUACACAGAGUAGGAUAUUUGAGACUACCUUCGGUGGUCUGCGUGACUUCAAGUACGAAUCGCGUAUAUGUCCAGAGAGUAUGACAAGUCAGACUCUAGUAGGGAUGAACAAAGAUCAGCCUACCACUCAGGAUCAUCUGCCCUUGGUAGAACGCAGUUCUGCUGACUGGUUCCGUGCAAUUGGUGACCUUAAAACCCCAGUCGACAACCUUGCUGCCCUAUCUUUCAUUAUGGACGGCAUGUUAUCAUUUUUACCUCUCGCCCAUAGCCGCCACUUCUUUGACGAAGUUGACGCGUGCUCUAGUCUAGAUUUUGCGUUUCGCAUCUUCACGCCUAAUGUGAAUCUUAAUAAUUGGCAUUUGCGUGAAUGCAUCACGCACGCUGGUGGCUUUGGGCGAACAUUCUCGGAAGGCCGAGUUUGGGACGAGGCUGGCACCCUGAUAGCUUCCAUGACACAGCAGUCAAUUCUGCGCCCGAAAGCAAAGAAACUGAAACAUAAUUUGUAA